UUCUGAACGGGGGCGGCGAAGAGGAGCAGAGAAGAGCUGUGCUUUUCUCAUUUUCCCAGCGCAAUCUCUCCGUCGUGUGUAGUUAGGUUUCAUUUGGACAUUAGUUUUGUAACAUACAAAGUCAGUUUUCUUAAAAGUUAACUUAGCUAUAAGUUCUUAAACUCCAAAAUGCUAUGAACUCAGUGAAUGUGGAUUUCACGUGUUUGCGCUUUUCAUUUCACCAGACUAGAGAUGAAUCUUGAAGUCACGAAUUGCUUUUAGCGGCUCGCUAACCUUUGAGAUUAUAAAAGUGCAUUCCACACCCUUUUGCAACAAAGAGUGGAAGAUGUCAUGUUAGCCGGAGCAUUACUCAUCAGAAGCGCAGACUAACCGCUAAUGGACUAGUCAUUUUAAGGUUGUUUACAUGAGAAGAGAGGAAAGAAAAUGACACGGUGACCAAUGAUAUCAUCUGCUUUAAUUAAGAACAGAUAAACUGGCCUUUUCUGGACUGCAAUGGAGGAGUGAGGGUGCUUGGACACUUGCCCCCUCCAAACAUGCUAGCCCUGAGGCAGAAACAGAGCGGUCGAGAGGGUGGACAUUGUCCUCAAAAGGGGGCCAAAAUUGGACUUCAGACAGGACGCCCGCCACUACAGGAACAGGGUCUGAACAUCAGGGAGAAGAUCUCGCAGUGGGAAGGACGUAGCCAGCAGAAUCAGCGUCAAGACAUGAAAAUAAAUGCACCAGUUGUGUCUCGAGACUACAAUGGCAAUGGAGUUUACAAUACAAAGACUAACAUUUCAAAUACAGGCGUAGGAUUGGACUUUCGGGAAGUGAAUUUAAAGCCUACCACAGCUGGGAGGAGGUCGGAAACCGUUCGAAAAUACUCUACAGAGUUGAUAAUCCUCCAACCAGAAAGCAAAAAUGCAUUGCAAGGCAUUAAAUCAGAAACCUUAGCUACACAAACUUAUACUACAAAUGCAAAAUUAUCAUGUGUUAUGGAUAUUGAACUUGAAUCCAAACCUCUACCUCCAUCGGGAAAUGAGGAAGAAGACGGAAUGCCUGCAGGGAAUUUUUACACUUCUAGAGGAUUCUGGAGAAAACUGGAAGGAGACCGGUUAAUGUGGGAGCAAGGAAAGGGGUCCACAGGUGAGACUCUGGCUCCUCCCAAACCGCAGCGCACAUUCCUGUAUGAUGGACCCAAAGACCGCAACAGAGCGCGUGCACAAACCAGUCCCUGCAGGAUGGCCAAUCAGAGAGGUAGCAGAAAGCUACGCCCACCUGACUUCCCGCCUCCUCCCUGUCCAGUCUCAAGGACCAAUGGGAUUUCCAGACACAAAAAGAACAGGAAGUCUUUUGAGUACGAGGAUGCGGAACGACUCACAGCCAAGCAGGGCACGCAGGGAGGAGAAGCCAGGAACUCCAGCUUAUAUCACGCCUACUCUGAUGACAACAUUUACGAGGACAUUGUCUGUGAAAUGGAGAUAGACGACCCGUAUGAGGACAUCAAAAUGUCCCCCAUGUGUCUUCCUAUCGGCAGGCCUCCAGUGCCAAAGCUUCCUCCAAAACCACAAACUCUGCAAGCCAAUUCCAAACUGGACAAGAGGCGACUGUCUGCCCAACCACCUUCCAAAGCACUGACCCUCUCUGAAGGCCUUAAAAUGCCUCGCCGGUCCAGCACGCAGAAGGGCAUGCGCACUCCCCAGUAUGUCAACAAGAUCGAGACCAUAUUUGACGAAAGGAGAGGCAGAAAGCGAGUGAAGGGCGUCCCGGUCCGGGAGGAGACCAGCGGCACAGAAAGUGACCCUGAAGACGCUUCCAAAGAAGGCUCCAGGAGAUUGGUUUACAGGCAGUCCACUCUGAAGCGCCGACCCGGGUACCGCACCCUGGAGCGAGACCUCCUCCAGCACCAGCAGCAGCAGCUCUUCCAGAUCUUCGUGGUGGUGUCACUCCGAAAGGGGCCCCAGGGAAACACCUACUACCCUGAAAUUACACAACAGUUCCCCAAGAUGUUUGACAAGGCGUCGAGGCUGUCUAAGGAGGCAGAGGACCAGCUCAAGGUUAUUCCUAAGUUUUGUUUCCCGGACGCUCAAGACUGGAAACCCUCUGCAUACAUGCCGAGUGAGACAUUCUCUUUUGUCCUGACUGGAGAGGAUGGCAGCCGCUGGUUUUGUUACUGCCGGAAGAUUUUGCCAAGUGGAAAAGGUAAAAGACUGCCUGAGGUACACUGUAUUGUCAGCAAGCUGGGCUGUUUCAACCUAUUUGCUAAGAUUUUAGAGGAAGUGGAGAGGCGCAGAGAGCUUUCCAAUGCCCUGGUUUACCCCUUCAUGCGCAGUGUAAUGGAGGCCCCAUUUCCUGCUCCUGGAAGAACUGUCAGUCUGAAGAGCUUCCUCCCUGGGACAGGGAAUGAGGUGCUGACCCUGACCCGGCCAGUGGACUCCAGACUGGAGCAUGUGGACUUCGACAGCCUUUUACAGUGUCUGAGUGUGGGCCGACUAUUGCAGGUCUUUGCCUCUCUGCUGCUGGAGAGGAGGGUCAUCUUCAUCGCAGAUAAACUCAGUGUCCUCUCCCUUUGUGGUCAUGCGGCUCUUGCCCUCUUAUACCCAUUCACCUGGCAGCACACAUUUGUACCUGUGUUACCGGCCAGUAUGUUGGACAUUAGCUGCUCUCCCACUCCUUUCCUUAUCGGAGUGCUAUCCCCCUGUCUACCAGAGCUAUUGGAGCUGCCCAUUGAGGAGGUGCUGAUAGUGGAUCUGUGCUCCGACAGGUUUGUGGUUCAGAUUGGUGAUGAAGACUGCAUCUUGCCCAGUAAGCUCCAGGCAGCUUUACAGCAGAUCCUGGAGGAGAGGGAAGCCAUUCGGAAGCAGGACACUAAUGGAGAGGACCAGGUUGACCUGAGCUCCCUGGUGUCCGAGGCAUUUGUGCGUUUCUUUGUGGAGCUGGUGGGGCACUAUCCUCUGCAUAUGGUGGAGUCAGCCAAUGGCACCAAAGAACUCCAGAGAGACAACUUCAGGAAGUCCCAUCCGUCCAGAGGAGUGAGGCAGCUCCUUCAGCUCUUCAUGGAAACGCAGAUGUUUGCAGGCUUCAUCCAGGACAAGGAGAUGCGCAAAGGAACUGGGCGAGGUCUUUUUGAAAUGCGGGUGGUAGAGUACCUGGAAUCCUACCCGGAGCCAGCGCCUAGUGGAGUGAACAAGUUCCUCAAAGGACUGGGAAACAAAAUGAAGCUCUUGCAGAUUAAAUGAGAAGAGUUGGAGAGUGGCCAGCUGAAUGAAACCUACUGCUGCUGGACCUGCUCUGAGUCAUAGCAGGUCAAUGGAUUCUAGUUUAGAAGUGUGUGAAACAAAUGCACUUUGGAGAGGACCAAACAUUCCUGCGUUCAUGUGAGGUCUUUGUAUUUUUUUCAUUUUUCACAAUGACAUCGUGUUCAAGAGGUUUCAUCUUUGACCUUUUUGUAUAAACAAGUUAGUUAUUUUUAAAAGAAAAUUAUAGGAUCAUACUUGUUUUAACAAACAGAGCUACCUAAUACUGUUUGAUAACUUGAAACUUGAAGUAGGAAUAGUAGUUAAUUAGUUUGACCUUUCUGUCUUGUAUUUUGCAAUCCUUGUGUCCCAUGAAGCAGCCUUUUUGUAGUCUGUCUAAAUCAAUAUUGUGCAGUUUGAUAAGCCUGGUUUGGAUCUGAGUGAAAAUCAGGCCAUUUGUAAUAAUUUUCUGUUACUACUGGCUAGUGACCAUAAUGCAUACCCACUGCUCCACCGCCACCUCUUUUUUUUUUUUUUUUUUUACCUGAAUUGUAUGUUGUAGCUUUAAGAUACAGCAAUGUUUCUGUUUUAGAUAGAUUUACGAGGACCACAUAAAUGCAUGUCAUUCCUUGCAAUACAUUACUGCAUGUGAUCAAAUCUCAGAUGGUAACAGUUUAUUUUAUGUUUUGUAAUUGUAAAUACUACAUUUAUGUACAUUUCAGUAUUUUCUUUCCUUUCAUCCUCUUGUUUAUUUACUCUCAACAUUUCAAAGGGCUCACACUCAUUAGUACAAAUUUGUAUUUUUUUAAAUAUUUUUUUUAUCCCCAUCUUCCUGUGGAUGUAAAUACUUAGAGAUGUUACACAUUGAAAAUAAUUGUACAGUAUUUUUAAUAUUUUUGUAAGAAAGCACAAGGACUCUUGUAAAAUCUGUAAAUAAAUGCGGGUCCAAGGACACUGUU